CCAUCGCCUUUGCAUUGCCCACUUCUUUCUCCUCCUCCAUCCUCCACUCUCAGCCUCUCCGGCGACGCAAAAAGCAUCAGCAUCAAUCCCCAUUGUCUUCAUAAUUUUAAGUUGGAAUCUUUUCGGUGAUAAUUUCACGGAUUCCUUUGUGUUCCUUCUUUGCUUCGACUCUUAUCUCUCGAAUCCUUCCUGUAUCCAUCGUUUCGGACUUCCUUGCUCAAUUGCCGAACUCAGGAAGAAGGAACCCUAAGUUCUCUUUUCCGUUUGAUCCAACCUCCGGUAUUAUCAUUGUCUGGUCGAUUUGAGUCUGCGAGAUUUCAAGUUUCCUUCGACAUUCCAGGUCAAAUGUCUUUUAAAUGCUGGAUUCUGUCGUCGAUCUGAUUCAUUUACGAGCCUGUAGAUCUGAAGAUGUGAUGUGAUUUGAACCCAGAAACCGCGAUGAUCCGAACCCAGAACACAAUUUGAUAUCUUUUCAUCUGGGUUCCUUCUGAUUUUCUUUUUGUCAUGUCGGGUCAUGGCGUAGAGCACGUGGGUUUACCGUCGAAAAUGGAAGCUGCAAAAUCCAAACAUGGGUGUUCCAACCUGGUGAAGAAAUCGGGACCCGUUUCCAUGGAACACGUUCUUCUUGCCCUCCGGGAGACAAGAGAAGAACGAGAUGUCCGAAUCCGAAGCUUGUUCAGUUUCUUCGACUCUGAGAAUGUCGGGUACCUGGAUUGUGCCCAGAUCGAGAAGGGUUUAUCUGCUCUUCAAAUCCCAAGUGGGUACAAAUACGCUAAGGAUUUGUUUAGGGUUUGCGACACCAACAGAGAUGGGCGUGUGGAUUAUCACGAAUUCCGUCGGUAUAUGGACGACAAGGAGCUUGAGCUUUACAGAAUAUUUCAAGCCAUUGAUGUUGAGCAUAACGGCUGCAUUUCGCCGGAGGGACUUUGGGAUGCGCUCGUUAAGGCCGGAAUUGAGAUAAACGACGAGGAGCUUGCUCGUUUUGUGGAAGACGUUUCCAAGGACAACAACGGAAUUAUAACUUUUGAAGAAUGGAGAGAUUUUCUUUUGCUGUACCCGCAUGAAGCCACCAUAGAAAAUAUAUACCAUCACUGGGAAAUUAGCAUUAUAUUUUAUGAUUUUGUGUACAAAUGCGAGUUAAAUUAACACGUAAAGAGGGGCAAAUAUUUCAUCGCGGGUGGAAUAGCAGGUGCUGCUUCUAGGACUGUGACUGCGCCUCUGGAUCGCUUGAAAGUUCUUCUGCAAAUUCAAAAAACCGAUGCUAAUAUUCGAGAAGCCAUUAGGAUGAUUUGGAAGCAAGAUGGUUUCUUGGGUUUCUUACGUGGUAAUGGCUUGAAUGUCGUGAAGGUGGCUCCGGAGAGUGCCAUCAAAUUUUAUGCAUAUGAGCUGUUUAAAAAUGUUAUCGGUGAUAACAUGGGUGAGGCAAAAGGGGACAUUGGCACUAGUGCUAGACUUUUUGCUGGUGGCAUGGCUGGUGCAGUGGCUCAAGCUGCUAUAUACCCUUUGGAUCUCGUGAAAACUCGGUUGCAGACUUACACGACGAGCCAAGGUUGUGCAGGGCCCAGGUUGGGAACUCUGACAAGGGAAAUAUGGGUUCACGAAGGCCCACGGGCGUUUUACAAAGGUCUUUUCCCGUCUCUCCUUGGGAUUAUUCCAUAUGCGGGUAUUGACCUUGCUGUCUACGAGACGUUAAAGGACUUGUCCAAGACUUAUAUCCUUCAAGACAGCAGCGAACCGGGGCCACUCAUCCAACUAGGAUGCGGAACAAUCUCGGGAUCUCUUGGAGCAACCUGUGUUUAUCCAUUGCAGGUUGUCAGAACAAGAAUGCAAGCCGAACGUGCAAAGACCUCGAUGUCUGGAGUAUUCCGGAGGACCCUGCGGGAAGAAGGCUAUAGAGCUUUCUACAGAGGGCUUCUCCCUAACCUUCUCAAGGUUGUUCCGGCGGCAAGUAUUACGUACUUGGUUUACGAAGCUAUGAAAAAGAGUCUCGAGCUUGAGUAGGUGCGGCCGCUCUGCUCUCGGGGUUCCGUAUGGUUUCAGAGCCUCGGGUUUUCAGAAGAAGAAAAAAAUUUACGAUGACGAAAAAAAAAGAAACAGGGGGUAAUAAAAAAGAACCUAUGGAAGUAGAAGAUACAGAGAUCAUUUAAACACCAAUAUUUCUCUAGUCUGCACUCUGUGUGGGCAUAACUUGUUGUUAAGUUAAUAAAAAAAAAAAAAAAGUGAUUUUUUUUCCCUCGGGGAUUAAAGCAGUGAGGUCUUACUUGGAAAGAGUAUUGUCUCUAGGGAUUUUGAUAUCAUAUAUGCACCAACUCCAUGUUUGAUGCU